AUGUCCACCGCCUUCCGCCCCCCAACAAUCAACCGCCUCCAACGCCUCCUCACCAUCCCCAUCCUCCCAUCCCGCCGCCUCCUCCUCCCCCGCCAAACAACCACCACCUCCCCCUUCUCCACCUCCCGCGCUGUGCACAACAAACCCAACACCACCACCACCAACACAAAAAGCAGCAGCAAUACCAACGCCAAUAAUGUAGACACCACCGCCAGCGGCAACCCAUCUUACCCGACAUUCAACCUGCGCAGCAUCGUGCCCAACCCGCGCGUGCGCAGGGCGCUGAUGGCGGUGUUGGGGGUUAUGGUGGUGGCGGAGUCGUGGAUGUGGAUUACGUAUUGGCCAAGGAUUGUGGGGUGGUGGAAGGGGGAGGAGGGUGGUGCUAAGGAAUAG